AUGGCGAAUCUUCAGUUCGAGCACUCGGAUGCGCCGCUCAAGACGAUCCAAGAGGUUCGUUUUAGCAUCUUGAGCCCCGAGGAAAUCAAGGCCGCGAGUGUCGCGCAAAUUCAAUACCCAGAAACUAUGGAUGAGAACCGAACCAAGCCGCGCGAGGGAGGUCUUAACGACCCUCGUCUUGGCUCCCUCGACCGCCAAUUCAAGUGUGCUACUUGUUUGCAACCUAUGUCUACCUGCCCUGGCCAUUUCGGUCAUCACGAAUUGGCAGUGCCUGUUUUCCAUCCAGGCUUCAUCAAGAAAACGAAGAAGAUCCUGGAAUGCGUCUGUGAGAACUGCAGCAAGGUUAAGGAAGACAGAAGUAAUCCUGAGUUUGCUGCAGCAAUGAAUAUUCGAGAUCCGAAAAAGCGUUUCCAGGCGGUCUGGUCCAUUUGCCGAGACAAGAAAGUGUGCAGUAACGAGGUACCGAAAGACGAGGACAAGGAGUACGAGCCAGGUAGCAAACCGAAAGCCGUCGGCCAUGGUGGAUGUGGUAACAUUCAACCUAUCGUUCGCCAGACUGCCCUCCAACUUUGGGGCAAUUACAAGCAAGUCAACGAGGACGGUGUUAAAACCACUACUAAGAAGGAGCUUACUCCAGCUCACUGUCUUGAUAUCCUCAAGAAAAUCUCCGACGAGGAUUGUAUCGACUUGGGUCUAGAUCCUCGCUAUGCACGACCAGACCAUAUGAUUCUCACGAUUCUACCUAUCUCGCCACCUCCCGUUCGACCCAGUAUCUCGAUGGACGGCACCGGUCAAGGCCUGAGAAACGAGGAUGACUUGACAUACAAGUUGGGUGAUAUCAUCCGUGCGAACAGCAAUGUGAAAUCCGCCAUCGAGUCCAGCGCCCCGGCCCAUAUCCUUGAAGAAUUCCGGCAACUUCUACAAUAUCACGUCGCUACAAUGAUGGACAACGACAUUGCUGGCCAGCCUCAGGCACUUCAGAAGAGUGGUCGACCAGUCAAGUCCAUCCGUGCUCGUUUAAAGGGCAAAGAAGGCCGACUACGUGGUAACUUGAUGGGAAAGCGGGUUGACUUCUCAGCUCGUACCGUCAUCACUGGUGAUGCCAAUAUCUCGCUUGACGAAGUUGGUGUACCUCGAAGUAUCGCGCGUACUCUAACCUAUCCCGAAACGGUCACUCCUUACAACGUCGACCGCCUUCACAAGCUAGUCGAGAAUGGUCCCAACGAACACCCUGGCGCCAAGUAUGUGAUCAGGCACGAUGGAACUAGAAUCGAUCUGAAGCAUCACAAGCGCGCUGGUCAGAUUACCCUUGAGUAUGGAUGGAAGGUCGAGCGACACCUUCAAGAUGGUGAUUAUAUCAUAUUCAACCGUCAACCCUCUCUACACAAGGAAUCUAUGAUGGGACACCGAGUCAAGGUCAUGCCCUUUUCCACGUUUCGACUCAAUCUUUCGGUUACUUCUCCGUACAACGCCGAUUUCGAUGGUGACGAAAUGAACUUGCACGUACCCCAGACCGAGGAGACGCGAGCUGAAAUUCGUACACUCUGCUUGGUUCCCCUCAACAUUGUUUCUCCUCAACGAAACGGACCGUUGAUGGGUAUUGUCCAAGAUACUCUAGCCGGUGUGUACAAGAUGUGCCGACGCGACGUUUUCAUGACAAGAGAACAAGUCUAUAACAUCAUGCUCUGGGUUCCUGGCUGGGACGGUAUAAUUCCCCGGCCCGCUAUUCUCAAACCAAGACCUCGUUGGACUGGUAAACAGAUUGUGAGCAUGAUCAUUCCCAAGGAGAUCAGCCUUUACACCAAGCCUCCCGGGGGUACUUGGAACCCGCCCACGGAUGAAGGUGUGCUUGUCCAGUCUGGACAGCUACUGUUUGGUCUGCUUACAAAGAAGAAUGUUGGUGCGGCUAGUGGUGGUAUUGUCCACCUUUGUUACAAUGAACUUGGACCCGAGGGUGCUAUGGCCUUUUUGAAUGGAUGUCAACGAGUAGUUAAUUACUGGCUCUUCCACAAUGGUCAUAGUAUCGGAAUUGGUGAUACCAUCCCGGAUAAGGGAACCAUUGAGCGCGUCCAAGUCCACAUUGACGAGCAAAAAGCCGAGGUAGCAAGUCUGACAUUAGAUGCGACUACCAACAAGUUAGAGGCCCUUCCGGGUAUGAAUGUCCGAGAAACAUUCGAAAGCAAGGUUUCCAAGGCUCUCAACUCGGCUCGAGACAAGGCGGGUACCACCGCUGAAAACAAUCUCAAGGAUCUCAACAACGCUGUGGUUAUGGCUCGUUCUGGUUCGAAGGGUUCUUCUAUCAACAUUUCCCAGAUGAGUGCCCUUGUCGGUCAGCAAAUCGUGGAAGGAAAGCGUAUUCCUUUCGGCUUCAAAUACCGAACAUUACCUCAUUUCACCAAGGAUGAUUACUCGCCAGAGGCUCGUGGUUUCGUCGAGAACUCCUACCUUCGUGGUCUAACGCCUUCGGAAUUCUUCUUCCACGCUAUGGCUGGUCGUGAAGGUCUCAUUGAUACUGCCGUCAAGACAGCCGAGACUGGUUACAUUCAACGUCGUCUGGUCAAGGCUCUCGAAGAUGUUUGCGCUCGGUAUGAUGGAACUGUUCGUAACUCACUUGGUGAUAUCAUCCAGUUCAUCUACGGUGAAGAUGGUCUCGAUGCCAUGCACAUUGAGAAACAGCCAAUGGAUCACUGGGUUCUGCGGGAUGUGGAUUUCGAGAACCGUUACCGUCUCGAUGUAAUGGAGGGUAUCCGUCCGCCGGUGCUUGAAGCAUUGGAGUACGGUCAAGAUCUCGUGGGUGACGCGCACGUUCAGGAGCUCCUAGAUAUGGAGUGGGAGGCGAUUUGCAAAGACCGUGAUUUCCUCCGGAAUUUGAAGAUCAAGGCCGAAAAGCUAGAGGAUGCCUUCCAACUUCCUCUUAACAUUGGUCGGCUUAUUGAGUCAUCGAAGAAACUUCUCAAGGUUGAUGAUGCCAAGCGCAGUAAUCUUUCUCCGCAGGAUGUCAUUCCCGUGGUGAAGGAUCUGUUGGACCGCAUGAUCAUGGUUCGCGGUACCGAUGAUGUUUCCAAAGAAGCUGAUCAUAAUUCAACGCUUCUUUUCAAGGCUCUACUACGUUCUCGACUAGCGUACAAACGUCUGGCUGUCUUCCAUCGGCUUAACAAGCUAGCCUUCCGACACGUUAUGGGUGAGCUAGAAACCCGUUGGUCUAAGUCGAUGGUGAACCCUGGCGAGAUGGUUGGUGUAUUGGCCGCACAGUCCAUUGGUGAACCUGCCACACAGAUGACGCUCAACACGUUCCAUUUCACCGGUAUUUCGUCUAAGAAUAUCACACUCGGUGUACCCAGAUUAAAGGAAAUUUUGAACGUCGCGAGCAACAUCAAAACCCCGUCUAUGAUGGUUUACUUGGAUGGUGACACAUCGCAAGAACACGCCAAGACGCUUCGAAGCGUAGUUGAGCAUACUAAUCUCCGCUCUGUCACGGCAAUGACUGAGAUUUACUAUGAUCCCGAUAUCGAGUCUACCAACAUCGAGGCUGAUGAAGAUUUCGUUACAUCAUACUUCCUACUGCCCGACGACAGUCAGCCAGCGAUUGAUAGACAGUCAAGAUGGCUUCUCCGUUUCGUUCUGGAUCGACAAAAGAUGCUUGAUAAGGGACUUACCGUUGAGGAUGUGGCUAUUCGUCUUAGAGAGGAAUAUCCUAACGAUCUUGCUGUCAUUUGCAGCGACAACAACGCGGACAACCAGGUCAUCCGAAUUCGUCCUAUGACAGAAGAUAAGGACGAUGGCGAUAAGGCGAUCGAGGAUGACGUGAUGCUUAAGCGUUUGGGUGAACAUCUGCUUGAGAACUUGACCUUACGAGGAAUUCGCGGCAUCGAGCGAGCUUUCUUAAACAAGGGAGUCAAGAUAGCCGUAGACAAGAGCGGCGCCCUAAUCCAAGCGAAAGAGAACCCUCUAUGUGAGGAAUGGUAUCUCGACACUCAAGGUACAUCUCUACGACAAGUCCUUGCAGUUCCUGGGGUUGAUUGCGGACGCACAAUUACAAACGAUCUAUGGCAAACUUUGGAUGUCUUUGGUAUCGAAGCUGCACGACUUGCCCUAUUGAAUGAGUUGCGAAGAGUGUUGGCUUUUGAUGGUUCCUACGUCAACGAGCGUCAUCUUGCUCUCCUAGUUGAUGUCAUGACAUAUCGCGGUGCUAUUUCCGCCGUCACUCGUCAUGGUAUCAACCGAGCUGAUACUGGUGCGCUGAUGAGAUGUUCCUUCGAAGAGACGGUCGAGAUUCUUCUAGAGGCUGCUGCCCACGGUGAAGUUGAUGACUGCAGGGGUAUAUCCGAGAACGUUAUGCUUGGUCAACUCGCACCAAUGGGAACUGGUCAUCUCGAUGUAUUCCUAGACCAGAAGAUGCUGGACACUGUCAUCUCUGACAACUCCAGGUUGGCUCUGAUGCCCGGCAUGAACAUGAAGGAUGGCCCAGUGGAAGGCGCUGCGACUCCCUACGAUACCGGAUCUCCGAUGGCCGAUUCCGGUUACGGUAUCUCUCUUGCGUCACCUUCAAUGGGUAUGGGUAACUUCUCGCCAAUCGUUGGGGCCGGCUCCGACUCGCCUUCAGGAUUCGGAACAGAGUAUGGUGGAUUUGGUAGUGCCAGUCCCUACGGAGGACGAAGCCCAGGGGCAACUAGUCCUUUCUCUGGUGGUGCAACACCUACGUCUCCAUUCAGUAGCUAUGGUGGAGGCUAUUCACCAACUUCUCCCGGUGGCAGCUAUUCGCCUACAUCUCCGAUAAUGGGAGGAGGUCAAUACAAUGCUUCUCCGCAAUUCAGUCCAGCUUCACCAUCGUUCUCUCCCAGCUCGCCUGGAUUUAGAGCCCCGAGCCCUAGCAGCCCGACUUACAGUCCUACAUCACCGAACUACUCGCCGACGUCACCGACCUCCCCGAGGCAUUAUUCUCCGACCUCGCCCAAUAUCAAUUCUCCUGCGUCACCGAAUUAUUCUCCCACGAGUCCGACAUACAGUCCGACGUCCCCUCGUCACCAUGCGGCUUCUGCGUCGCCAGCUUAUUCGCCUGUAUCGCCCAGUUACUCACCAACUUCGCCGAUACACUACUCGCCGACGAGCCCAUCCUACCGGGGUGCUGGAGCACAGCAGUCCCCAGCGAGUCCCAAGUACUCGCCUACGUCUCCUGGAUACUCUCCUAAGACACCUGGCCCUGGUGGUAGUGCUAGCCCGAAGUUCUCUCCUACUUCCCCUAAGAACGAUUAG